AUGGAACCUCUAGGCCUCUCUUCCGGGGCUGCGGGCCUCAUCUCCCUUGGCAUAACUAUCUGCCAAGGCUUGCUAGACUACUAUCAUUCUUGGAAGGAUGCAGAGGACCAAGUGGCACACAUGUACUCAUCGAUUGAGGCGUUGACCGAGACCUUCAAACUCCUCAAAUCGGCCAUUGGAUCUACGGUGUUCAGCCGUGAUAGUGUGCAAAGAAUUGAAGAAAGUAUCAGGUCUGUGGAGAGGGGCCUUGAGAGCCUUCGAAAGAAGCUGGACAAGAUUCGCGUCGUUCCCCUACAAUCAGGAUGGAAAGCCAAGGGUAUGGCGCAAUUUCGAAGGACACUAUUCCCUUUCAAGGAGAGUACCUUGGCAAAGCUCAAGGAGCUUGGUAUCGAGCUACGACACGACCUCACGCUAGCCCUGGAAGUUCUACAGAUUGAGUGCUCUGCGGCGUCUUUGCAGAAGUUGGACCUGCUUGCUCACGGACUAACAAAUGUCUCCGUUAAUGUUGACAUAUUGCAAGAACGAUCUGCCGCGAUUUUCGGUAACGUCCAGAGUAUAGAAGCUUCCUCUCGAAAGACCUCCAAAUCUAUCGAUGGUUUGGUAGCGACUCAGAGCAAUGAGUACUGUCGCAAUGUGUAUAAUUGGCUUUCGCCUCUGACCGCGGAAUUCCAAAAAAAGCAUUUAGACACUUUCAAUACACCAGGGCGGCAGGAUGCUGCCGCUCGAUCGCUACUGGAGACCGCGGAAUUUAGGCAUUGGCUCAGCAGACCUGGGGAAACGCUUUGGUGUCCAGGCAUACGCUUUCAUCACAACAAGGUGCUGACAUCGACAGAGGGUACCGGAAAAACGAUCUUUGCCUCCUAUGCAAUCAACCACUUGCAAGCAUUCGUGGAUCAGAAAGACACCCGUCUUGCCUACAUCUACCUUAGCUACAAAGAUGCAGAGAAACAGACUAUUACAAACCUACUGGGGAGCUUGGUCUGCCAAAUAGCGUUCUUGGAGCCAGUAUUGUUGGUUGAUCUGAUCGAAGCUUACGAAGCCCACGGAUCUGGAGCAACACGUCCAUCGCAUGGGGAGUGCAUGCAGUUAUUGAGAUCUGUUGUCAGCCGUUGUGCUACAAUAUUCCUCGUCAUCGAUGCUUUUGACGAAUACCCUGAAGAGCGUAGAGGUUCUCUAGUGACAGAGUUGCAGCACCUACAUGUCAAUAUGCUGAUCACCUCAAGGAACAUACCAACCAUUGAACGCCAACUUUCAGAAGCGGUUCGACUAGAUAUACGAGCUAGAGCUGACGAUAUUUUAGAGUAUCUUCGAGAGCGGAUAUCGAGCUCGGAGAGGCUCAAGUUUCAUGCUGAUAAAGAUCCAACCUUAUGCAAUCUUAUCUCAACGACCAUUGCUGCCAGAGCUGAAGGAAUGUUUCUACAAGCCCGUCUCCACCUGGAUUUCUUGACAACAAAGACAACUCUUCGCAAAGCGAGGAAUGCUUUGACGGCUUUGCCCGAAGGCUUAAACAAUACCUAUGACGAAGCUAUGGAACGAAUCGAAUCUCAGCAUCCUGAUCAAGCUACUUUGGCCAGAAAAGUUCUGUGUUGGGUAUUCUAUGCUUCCCGGCCCCUUACGAUGUUAGAAAUACGGCACGCACUAGCAGUGGAGACUGGUGACUCAGCUCUAGACGAAGACAACAUUCCGGAGGAAGACCUGCUUUUGUCGGUGUGCAAUGGUCUUGUCACAAAUGAGAAGGAGGGGGGCUUCUUGGCCCUGGUCCAUUACACUUUUCAACAAUAUCUGGAGCAGAAAGGGAACUGCCUUUUUCCAGAAGCUCAGGUCGACAUAGUACGGACCUGUCUUACAUACCUCUCCUUUGACGAAUUCGAGCAAGGACCAUGCUUUGAAGACAAAGACUUUGAGCUUCGGUUACAACGGUACCCUCUGCUACGCUACGCAGUUCUCAACUGGGGCCGGCAUGCACGUCAAGGAGCAGAAGAACUCUGCAAAGACGUGAUACUUUCAUUCCUUUCAAAGAGCGCCAAAAUAUCUACCUCCGUUCAAGUACUGUUUUUCAGAGAAUCAAUGGGCAGCUUUCAAAUGCGUCGCUUUCCCUCUGAAGUCUCAGCGUUGUGGCUUGCUUCUGUGUACGGACUGGAACAUACAGUGUCUCACCUGCUGGCCAGCCAAAGACAAAGCGUAGCUUGGAAGACGACCUGGGGGGAUACUGCUUUGCAUCAAGCCGCCGGUUGUGGACACGUAGGAAUCUUGGAAUUGCUGUUGAGCAACGGUGCAGACAUGACUGCAACAGACCGCGAUGGAAAUACGUCCCUGCAUAUGGCAUCUAUGAUGUUCAAUUCAAUAGUGUCUGAGCCUUGGGGCUGGAUAGAGCGAAACGUCAGAGCGUCAGAUACGCUACUGAAAGGGGCCCAACUGCUCUUAGAGCACGGUGCUGAUGUGAAUGCUGUCAAUCUCCGAGGAGAAACGGCAUUACAUCUUUCUAUCACGAAAAGACAAAAGUCGCUAACGCAUCUACUUUUGACAAGAGGUGCGGACGUCGUUCUGAGAAAUAGAUAUCGAGCUGCCCCACUUACUCUUGCAUCGGAAUCUGGCGAUGGAGAGACAGCGAGAAUCUUGUUGAAGCAUGACUUGCAAAGACAGGCCCAAUGUGGUAUUCUCGAUGAUGCAAUGAGGAUAGCUGCAUUCAAGGGUCAUCUUCCUAUGCUCGAAAUAUUGCUUGCGAAGUCUUCAGAGCAGCCCCCCCUUGACCCGGAAGGAAGGAGCCUUCUACAUAUCUCUGCAAAUAGAGGGAGAUUUAGAUGUCUUCGGUAUCUCAAGAACCGUGGCUUUAAUCUCGAGGCGCUGGACAAGCAGCAGCGCACAUGUCUUCACAAUGCAGCUGCAGGUCUAGUUGCAGGGUGUCGCGCAGUCCUUGAGUACUUGCUCGAACAAGGAUUCGAUCCAAGCCAGUGCGACGUCGAUGGAUGGACGCCAUUGCUCUGGGCUGCAAAAGCAGGAAACAUUACCAAUAUAAAAUUGCUACUACAUGCAGGCGCUGAGAGCUUCUACCAAGGCGACGAAGAGUGGAUCCCUUUUGCAGUUGCUACAUACCAUGGCAAUGUCCGCGCGGCGGCGAUUUUGAGACCCUACAACAGGCCACUUCCAGGAAUGUUCCAGACCCAACAUUCAAGCAUGUCCUUGCGGCACCCUCGAUUUUCUUGCGACGGCUGUGAACUAGUGAGUCGUAGAAGUCUCGAUGAUUUUCCGUUGGACGAGACUGCUGACCCUCCAAAGAUUAUCGUUGGCUCUCGGUUCAAAUGCUCAGAAUGCCCGAACUUCGACUAUUGCUUCAAGUGUGUAUCAUCUGCCGAAAUCACGCACCCUUCCCACCGAUUCGACUUCGUUUACUGGGAUGACAGUAACCUAGAUGUGCAAAUAGUGGAACAGCAAGAGGUCAUGAAAGAACUUACAACAAGAGAGUCUUUCAUGAAAUCGUGGAGAGCUUGA